CUUCGGUUGGUGGAACAAAAAUGGCAACGUACGGUGAUGAGCCAGUCGACAGCUAUUUCUAUUCAUCUCACAACCCUUACACGGGCAGGUACCCGCGCUCCAGAGAGCCAGCCUGGAAGUACAAACGAUACCUGAGCCACUAUGGAGACGCCUCAGACGCCUUCAACAACCAGCAGCGCGCGCAGCUCAAGUCCAUCUUGUCCCAGAUCAACCCCAAACUCACCCCCCGGCUGCGGAAGGCCAACACCAAGGACGUGGCCGUGCAGGUGAGGCCCAAGAAGGACGCCGCGGUGCAGUGCUCCAUCGGCCCUCGCUCUCUGACGGCCAUGAAACGGGACCUGAAGCGGAAGAAAGCGGUCAGUGAAAGCGGAAGUCCCCAAGCGGCCGGUGACGUCCGAUACCCGCGCACCUUGGCCGUGUACUCGCCCAUCGCUUACAGAAGCAUCACCUCUUUCGUGGUGGAGGACGAGAACCAGGCGGGGAGCCAGGGCCAGGAGGAAGUGGGCUGUGGAGAGUCGCCCCCACCACCCGAGGAGGAGCCCCCGCAGCCUCCCGAGGAGGACCCCGAAGAGACCGCCAAAACUCCGCUCCAGCGCAAGAGAGCUAAAGACAAGCUAGCAGCGGACGAGUCCACUCAGGAGGGGUCAAAGGGCAAAGCGCGCGUGAGGUUCCAGUUUCUUGAGCAGAAGUAUGGCUACUAUCACUGCAGGGAAUGCAAUGUGCGAUGGGAGAGUGCUUACGUGUGGUGUGUUCAGGGAACCAACAAGGUUUACUUCAAACAGUACUGCAGAAAAUGUCAAAAGGAGUUCAACCCAUACCGUGUGGAGGACAUCACGUGUCACACCUGCCAGAAAGCACGGUGUUGCUGUGCGGUAACACAACGCCACGUAGACCCAAAGAGGCCCCACAGACAAGACCUGUGUGGCAGAUGCAAAGGCAAGAGGCUCUCCUGUGAUAGCACCUUCAGCUUCAAGUACAUCAUCUAGGAGAUACUAGCUCCAGUGACUUCAACCUUUCACAUUCAGAUAUAGUUUCAGUAAUUUCAUACAAGCUUUGUGUUGCAGUAUCACCAGCGCAUGAUGUAAUAAAUGGCUACCUCGCA